UUCACUGACGAUCUCACUCACAUACCAACCGGAACGCACUUUCUCAACGAAUAAAAUGCAGAUUGCAAAAAUAGAAAAUGUCGCCAUAUGCUUUUCGUGUUCUAGAUGUGUGUGAGUGUAUGUCUGUGUACGUUUCUAUCUGUGUAUGUGCGUGUACGUAUAUGCACACACACGCACGCCGUCCUGUAUACUUGUCUCUCACACACACGCUCAAACUGCCCUCACUCUAGCCUCUUCUUCUUACUUGCGUCCAGUCGCUUCGUUCCACCACAGUAUCCAACUGACAUCUGUCAAUGGCACGGCGUACUGCGAUCGCAGCGCCGCCAAUCUUCCCUCCGUUUUUCCCCAAAAAAGGAAAACAACCUUUCCUUCCACCUUCUAUGUUGUUUCUGCACUAUUCCUUCACUUGCUGCUUCUGUUGUUGUUGUUGUUAACCUCGACGUUGUCCAUCCCACCCCUAUUCCAUUGUUCAACUGAAAUUUGACCUAACCGCACUUCAUUCAAUUAACAUUCACCGCAUACAAUAAUAAUAAUAAUAAAUAAAAGAAUUGUUUCUUCGAAAUCAGCUUUUCACUCGAUAACCUUUCAACAACAACAACAAUGGCCUUACGACGAACAAUGCGAAAACUGAAUUGCAAAUUAUCAAAGCAAAACACCAGGUCGUGUGGUCGUGUUCGGAAAUCGAAAAUCAAUACUGCUUCUUCGCUUGGCACUACUGGUAUUUCGAAAUUUCCAUCUGACAGCAUUUGUCAAACAUGGCCAUCUAAAUAACAACAAAAGUAUCUUUUGAACUAUCACCAACACUGUACUAUAUAGUACAGUAAGUAGUAAAUAUGUGCGCUGAGGUCGACGUCUUCAUCAGCAAUUACACUCUGGUGGAUCCGGAGAUUUACCAGUUAUGGGUUGAAGGACAUACAGCUACUGAAGCUGUUAAUUCAUUGAAUCUGCAUGGCCUGGGCCAAACGACCGGAGCCACUUUGGAACUAAUAGCAAGCGACGUGUUGGAUCAUUACCGAACAUAUUCCCUUAUUGAGAAACUUUUAAGCAAUCCGAACAAACUACAAGAACAAUUAGAGUUCCAAAUUGAACCGCAAACCAAGCAGUUGCUGAUAGAGAAAUAUUACGAUUUUGAUGAUAGCGUGAUUCGGGAGCUCCUAGGUAAGAAAUUGUCUUCGAGGAACCGUAAGGAUUUGGAUGAGGUCGCUGAAAAGACAGGUGUACCGUUAAAGUCGUGUCGUCGACAAUUCGACAACGUGAAAAGGAUUUACAAAACCGUGGAAGAACUACCCGGUUCGAUCACGCAGAAUAUACAGAAGCUAUUUUACUUACCGGAAGAAUUGGCUGGGAAGUACGCCUGUAUAGUUUUCCUGGCGUGCAUCCGGUUCGAGACUUCAAAACGGCGAUUGCAGUAUUUGAAGUUCGCCCCUUUGCAGAAAUGCACUGAAAUUAUUAUGAAUAACUGGACGUAUAGCGUUACAGCUCCAGAAUAUUAUGACACAGAAAUGGAUAAAGAAUUUUUGUUGGAUUUACGAGAGCUCCGAAUUCUGACUGAGCGAGAAAAAGAACACAAACACUUGGUGUGUGUCACAUUAAAGCCGACACUAUUAUCCAGAAACUACACGGAACUGGAUUCAAACUUUCGCGUGUAUUCGAGAUCAAUUUUGACUAUAGCCUCUUCGUUGCAUAGGUCCCGUGAGCUGCGAAAUUUGUUUGUCGAAAUUUCACAGAUUUUGGAAAUUUGGAGGCAAAACGGAUGGGGGUCCAAAGAUUUACAACUGUUCCUCAGCGCGUAUACUCAAUGUGCCUUAGAAUUAGACGUUUUAAGGGAAGUCGAUUUGAAGACGACAUGGGAACGAUACAUGAAAGUUCUAUCUCAUUGUAUUAUGAUAAUGUUCAAUUAACGAAAUUGAGAACGAAAUUGAAUUAAUAAAGUUAAUGCU